AUGACUGCGCCUUGCUGUGACAAGCUUUAUACUUGCCGCUUGUGUCAUGAUAACAAUGAGGAUCAUCAGCUAGAUCGCUUUAAAGUAAAGGAAGUGCAGUGUAUAAACUGUGAAAAAAUUCAGCAUGCCCAACAGACUUGUGAAGAAUGUAGCACAUUGUUUGGAGAAUAUUAUUGCAGUAUAUGCCACCUGUUUGACAAAGAUAAGAAGCAGUAUCAUUGUGAAAACUGUGGAAUUUGCAGGAUUGGUCCAAAGGAAGAUUUUUUCCACUGUUUGAAAUGUAACUUAUGCCUAGCUAUGAAUCUUCAAGGAAGACACAAGUGUAUUGAAAAUGUUUCCCGGCAGAAUUGCCCAAUAUGUUUGGAGGACAUUCACACAUCUCGUGUUGUUGCUCACGUCUUGCCAUGUGGACAUCUUUUACAUAGAACGUGUUAUGAAGAAAUGUUGAAAAAAGGCUACAGGUGUCCAUUGUGUAUGCACUCUGCUUUAGAUAUGACGAGGUAUUGGCGACAGCUGGAUGAUGAGGUAGCACAGACCCCUAUGCCAUCAGAGUAUCAGAACAUGACUGUGGAUAUUCACUGCAAUGACUGUAACGGACGGUCCACAGUUCAGUUCCAUAUAUUAGGCAUGAAGUGUAAGCUUUGUGACUCCUACAAUACUGCGCAAGCUGGAGGACGUAGAAUUUCAGUGGAUCAGCAGUGACCACCCUAUAUCGCACUGGAUAAAACAGCAUUUUCUGGUUUAGAAAAAGGCUUUCCUUAGUAUCGUGUUGUUAUAAUGUGUUACAAUCUAUGCAUUUCAGUCGAUGCGUUUCGUACUGGUGUCAACAGUGUAAAAUCAUAUUCCAAGUACUUAGGGAUUCAGGGCCUCAUAGAAUGAUCACAGCUCUGCAUUGAAUGAGAGCCGCUGCACUCGCGCUUUGAUGGAACAUGCCUUCAUUGUCAGUUGAUUGGAAGCCGGUGAUGUUUGCCACUGAUAUUCACAUUCUUAGAACUGUGUUACAUUGUCAUGGAACUUUGCUUUAAGUGACACUGUUCACGCAGAGUUCGUUUUUAGUUCUUGAUAAAACUGCACUUAAUUCUCAGUAGUGAAUUAAGUAUUAGCUUUUUAAGGGCUGUGCUAUGAUGAGAAUAAGUUCUACCUUAUUGUUAAAAUCUAAUUACGUACGUUUUAGAAUUUUCUAAGACAGUCCUUUGCAUCCUCUAAAUGUGAAUCUUGAUGUAAUAACUGCUAAUAAAAUUAUAUUGCAACAGGGUUUUGUAGAAAAUUUUUUCUAAGGUUGUCUACUUUUGGCUCAAUUAGGGCAAUGUAGUCAAUUUUAUAAUCUAAAAGAAAUUUUCUUUUGAGAUAUUCUUCUAUGAAAGUAGCUGGGAAAAAUGUUAUGUAAAAUAAUAGGACGCUUCCAAAGCCUUAAGAAAAAGUUCAGUGUUGAAAA